GUGGUGACAUCGUCUCUGACUCCCGACACCUUAGACCUGCCCUGUCAAUGCGGCACCGCACGAUACCGUUUAAAAGGCAUUAUCUACAGUGGCAGCGAACAUUUCACAGCCCGUCUCAUUGCGGAAAACGUGACAUGGACGUACGACGGACAAAUAAACGGCGUCCGAUCUCGCAUCGAGGGUAUCUCCACGGAUUUUCCACAUCUCCGUGAGCUUGAUGGACGAGAGGCUCACCUUUGUGGCUAUGCCCUGCACUACAUGCUGGAGGAGUUGCAUAUCAAUGGGGUGCGACCAGUAAUGAAUUCAGGAAUGCAGGUAUCACGUCUAUCUGAGACGCUUUAGUGCGCUGAACCGGAGAACCUAGUUGUUGGAAAG